UCCAGUGAGUGUGAGGUCCAUGUUGGUCUCUGUGUGUCCGGAGAAACCUUCUGAAUGGACUUUUCUCUGAAUGUUGGACCUCUGACUCAUCUCCCGGUAGCCUACAAAGCUAGUGAAGUUAGCUUAGCAUGCUAGCUGGGACGGAAGUUAGCAACACAGCGCUAGUCAGAGUGACUGUUUGAUGGAGAGCAAACGGUGUUUGUGACGGAGUUUGUGUGGAGAAAAAGUGUGUGUCGUUGUGUGAAAAUGUGUAAAGUCCAAAUGCUGAGAGCGUUGGUGAAGCAGCGACUCACUGCGGCUGCUGAAGAGAUCUUUGGGCUGUUUGAAAGAACGAUAGCAGAGUACGAGGAGGAACUGUGUCGUUCUAAAGAGGAGAACGAGCGACAACGGAAACUCCUGCACGCUGUUCUCAACCCUCAGCUUCGGUUACACAGAGCAGACGUCCAGCAGCUGUUGGUGGUUAAAGAAGAGGUUCCUCCUGAGCAGCAGGAGUGGAGCUCCAGUCUGGACCAGGAGGAGCCAGAGCCCCCACACAUUAAAGAGGAACAGGAGGAACUCUGGACCAGUCAGGAGGGAGAGCAGCUUCAAGGGCUGGAGGAGGCUGAUAUCACCAAGUUCACAUUCACUCCUGUCCCUGUGAAGAGUGAAGAUGAUGAAGAGAAACCUCAGUCCUCACAGCCUCAUCACAGACGUACUGAACACAUGGAGACAGAAGCUGAUGGAGAGGACUGUGGAGGACCAGAACCAGACCGGAACUCAGAUCUAGAACCAGAUCCUGAUAACAAGACUGGAGACUCUUCUGAACCUGAGACUUAUAAUUGGAACGAGACCAGAGAACCUCAGUCAGAUUUAAACUCUCUGAAUAAUGAUGAUGUUUCUGUCAGUGAUUCAAGAUCUAGUGCUGGAGAGAAACCAUUCAGCUGCUCUUACUGUUGGAAAAGAUUUGGCUGCAGGUCGUUUUUGAAGAGACACAUGAGAACUCAUACAGGAGAGAAACCAUUCUGCUGCUCAAUCUGUAAGAAAUGUUUUGCUCAGAGUGGAGAUUUACAGAAACACGUGAGAAUCCACACGGGAGAGAAACCAUUCGGCUGCUCAGUUUGUGGUAAAGCUUUCAGUGAUGGGGGAAAUCUGAAGGGACACAUGAGAACUCAUACAGGAGAGAAACCUUUCGGCUGCUCAGUUUGUAAUAAAUCUUUUACACGCAGUGAUAGUUUACAGAAACACAUGAGAAUCCACACAGGAGAGAAACCAUUAAGUUGCUCUGAGUGUGGUAAACGAUUUGGAUUAAAUGGAACUCUAACGAGACACAUGAAAAUCCACAUCGGAGAGAAACCAUUUAGUUGCUGCUUUUGUGAUAAAAGAUUUUUGCGAAAGGAAGACAUGAAGAGACACAUGAUAACACAUACAGGAGAGAAACCCUUCAACUGCUCAGUGUGCGGUAAGAGAUUUAUACAAAAGGUACAGCUGACGCACCACAUGAGUAAUCACACAGGAGAGAAACCCUUCAGCUGCUCAGUGUGUGGUAGAGCUUUCAGUGAAGGUGGAAAUCUGAAGAAACACAUGAGAAUCCACACAGGGGAGAAAAGAUUCAGUUGCAGCGGUUGUGACCAAAGAUUCACUUUGCUUUAUCAGCUCAGAAACCAUGAAUGUGUUGGACGUCAGGCCUCACAGCUUCAUCAGAGCCAAACGGACGAGGACGCAGAGGCAGAGCCUUCAGCCAGGAACUGAACUGAACCGAUGGAAACAACAACAACAACUCAUAUGAGCAACAGUAUGGAUUUGGUUGAAACUAUUCGACAUAUAUGGCUAUAUUAAAACCUAUUGAAAAGAUUACGUCAUCUCUACAAACACAGAAGGAUUGUUCCUGGAUUUAUCAAAAGCUUUUCAAAGAUUAAGUACUUCUAUGGUUGCGUCAGGACUUCAGAAAUGGAAAAGAGAGUAUGUAUCUAAUCCAAAGUGUUCUUCUCUUAAAGCAAACAUCUCGUGUGGGCGCCCACAAGGAUCUAUCCUUGGUCCUCUUCUUUUUCUUAUUAAUGUAAAUGUCCUAGUUUCUAGGUUCUUAUCUGUCUGUUUCUAUCUAAGAAAAAAAAAAUCUGAUGAAUGUUAUGAACACAGAGAUGUGCAGGAAUGCAAAAUGGUUUAAGGUAAAUAAGCUUUUGUUUACAGAUUUUCUUAUUUACUCUGGGCUCAAUUCUGGAAUAAUUUUUUUAACUAUAAGUUUACAUCUCUUAACAACUGACUUGGCAGACAUUUGACUGGUUGAAGAUUGCCAAGAUUGACACUUUAAGGUCAGUCUUUCAUUUUUUACGAUUUUAUUAGUUUCAUAUUACUUUUCUUUUUUGUGUGUGCUUUUUUUUUUUAUAUGACAAAGACUUCUUUCAUAGGAACUAAUUAUUUUAAUUUAAAAUUGUAUUCAGUUAAGCCAGUCAUGCUGUUGGCCUCCCUUACAUAUUCCAUUAUUGUUAUUAUUAUCUCCUCCAGGAGGAUCAUGCGAUUGGUCUCGAAUGUGAGUGCAUACAUGACAUCUGUGUCCGUCCACUUAUCUCCCAUUCCGUUGCAGAAUGCUGCAUCAUAUUUAUAUUGUCCGGUUUUGGCGGCAGGCUUCAUGACAUCUGGUGGUCUCAGUCACUUACACGUUGUCAGAUCACCUUUUAUUACCUGGCUGCCUGCUGAUUCCUCACUCACUACUCUUAAUGGCCAGUAGGGGCCGCUAGUGAUCACACAGCUGAGUGCAUGGCCGGCCCUCACCUGCGACUCACCACAGUGAGGGAGUUCUAGCUAACGGGAACAACACGCACACACACACGGCUGUGUAGCUCUCCGUCGCCACUCUGAGCCUCACUUUGAUUGUGUUCUAUGUCAUAUUUGGUUUAACGCUAACAGCUAACGGAACUAGCAGUUAGGUAUCUCCUCUUGACAAGUCAUGUAACACAUUCAUGCUCCGGUUUGUUUGAGUGUAAGAGUCGGGCCACUCAGCUGAAGUGUUGAGAAGAAGAGCUGUAAAAAAUGUCAGAGAACAGACUUGUAUCCUCUAAACAAAGAGCCUUAAAUCAGCAGCGAGGCAGCAUUUUGGAUAUAAAAUGACAAGAGAGUCAUGUGACCCACUGAUUAAUCACACAGUUUAACCUUCAGAGUGUGAAAGAAAGUUUCACUGACGAUCGUCAUCAGACUAUAUUCAGUAAAAAUAUGAGAUCUGAAGAUCAUUAAUUGUUUUUAGUCGCUGGUCUGAUGAUGAAACACUGAGAGGUCAGCAGGAGAGCUGGUAACCAUAGCAACCAUAGUAAUGUCAGUAACCAUAGUAACCAUAGUAACACUGACAUCAAUAGCUGUUGUUAUUCAGUUCAGAGCCUUACUGAGGUUCCAUUAUUACAUUAUGAUGCGUUCAAGGGGGGUUGUAUUUGUUAAAUCCCAGAUUACAGCAGUGGUCUUUGCAGACAGCUUUCUAGUUAAUUUAUUAUAUAUUAUUUUGUUUAAUGUUAUUUAAAUAAAAAAUAAAAGGACGGAUUUGAAUUUCUCUUUCAUUCAAACUAAAAGCAUGAGGCAAAUGUUUCUGUUCACAACUUGUGUGUAUUCUAUAACUGAAAGGUGACUUUCCUGUUUACAUGUAACACAUUGGUAUAUUAAUAAAUCGACU